GAUGAAGAUAGGUCGAUGGGAUAUUAUGUUUUGUGAUCGCUUUAAGAAUUUUUAAAAAAUGUAGAAAUUAGAUUUUAUUAGAACUAAUUAGUGGCGGUGGAUAAUAUGAUUCAAAUGGAAAUUAGAAAAAGAUUGGAAAGUGGAUAGAAUUGGAUAAACAUUUUAAUAAUAAUCAUUAAGCCACUCAUAAUGGUGAAUAUAAUUUGAAAGGUUAAAAGGUAGGUAUUUGGAUAGAAAUGAUUGGCGAUAGGAAGAUGAAAGAAAGGAGAUAUCAUAAUUGA